AUGGGAAGGGCUCCAUGCUGUGACAAAUCUAACGUGAAAAGAGGACCAUGGUCUCCUGAAGAAGAUGCUACCCUCAAAAACUACCUCCAAAAACAUGGCACAGGUGGUAAUUGGAUCUCUCUCCCUCAAAAAGCAGGCCUUAAGCGUUGUGGGAAGAGCUGUCGUCUAAGAUGGUUGAACUAUCUAAGGCCUCAUAUCAAGCUUGGAGGGUUCACUGAGGAGGAAGACAAAAUUAUCUGCACUCUUUAUGGCUCCAUUGGAAGCAGGUGGUCCCUUAUAGCAGCUCAAUUGCCUGGGAGAACGGACAAUGAUGUGAAAAAUCACUGGAACACCAAGCUAAAGAAAAAGUUUUUGGCAGGAAACACUAGUAUUGCCACUGGCAACAAUGGCAGUAUCAGCAAUACUAUUAGUUGUACUCAUCACUUCUCAACUUUUACUCUUCAACCUCAAGUUGAAGCCUUUGUUUUUGAUCAAAAACAAAACUCAGCUUGUUUUGACUCCCACAAUGUUUUUGAUUCGGAGCAAACAUCAAUUCCAGUUCCUUUACCAAUGCCUAUGGAAUCAGAAGCUUUUUAUAACCAAGGUAGUAGUUGUAGUGCACCACCUACUAGGAAAGUUUCAAUGCUUUCCAAUGCAACUUCCUCAGUGGAGCAGAAGAAACAUACCCAAUGGUUUGGGUAUGACCAUGAAGGUGAAGAUGAUGUAAUUUUGCUUGAAUAUUAUAUGCUUAACGAUCUGCUUAAUCAUGGAUUUGCAUCUCAAGACAAAAACAGCCAAGUUGCUCCGUCAUAUGGCUAA